UUCAGUCGCGAAGCACGAAUUUCGGAACUUGCCAUCCCAUUAGAUUUGCUUCUGGAGCUCUGUUGGGACACGACGUCCUGCUCGUCCCCGGGUUUUUGUUGGCGCCCUCCGAAACAAGCAUUUAGCUGGUGCUAUUUGACUCUUAAAAGUCUUGGCUUAUGGGUCGAAGUUGGAUCUUUUCGUUGAACAGCAGUAGCAUCCUCCAGUAGUGGACAUCGAAUCAAAUGGAGCAGACUUUUAUGACUAUCCACAACCUGUCGCCCGACGCCAACAUCCUCUUUGUUUCUGAGUCCGUCGUCGAUAUUCUAGGGUACCAGCCGCAAGCUGUACAAGGCAAAUCAUGCUUCGAUUACUUCCACCCGGACGAGGUCCCAUUCGCACGCUCCGUACACAGUAGGGGCGUCCUUCUCGACAAAGCUGCAGUUUUACACUACGCCCGGAUUAUGUCGAGUAAUGGCCAAUGGGUAAGCUGCGAGUGCUGUUUUACGAUAGUUCACGAUGUUUUGGUGGCUUGCACAAGUAUCUAUAGACGUGGUGAAAGAAGUAAGAGACGAGCGAUAGAAGCACCCCAUAUCCGGCGAAUAUUUUCAUCUUCGCCGAGAGACCCCCGGUAUCAUAUGCUUGAGCACCUAUCACCUAAAUUCAAGAUGCAGCCUAUGGAGAGAGAGCCACGUGCUGCUCUCAUACUCAACAGGUUCACUAGGACUUUGUCGGUGAUGUUCGCAACUAACGCAGUUUCUUCGAUUCUUGGCGUGAGACCGGACCAAAUUAAGGAUAAAAGCUUCUACGAAUGCAUUGCAGAGAACUGCCUGGCAGACGCUAUUAAGUGCUUAGAAAGCGCCAAGGCCAACGACUCUAUUGCUUACCUUCGCUUUUGGUAUCGUGAUCCCCGAAGAGAGGAGGAUUUUGAAGAUGAGGACGAUGAAGACGAUGAAGAAGACGAAGACGACGAUGAGAUAGAGGAUGAGCAAGAUGAUGAACUAUCUAAGGGUGACGAUGAGAAGUUAGACGGCCACGUUCAUGCUGAAAACGCUAUGGACGUUGACCUCGACGAAAGUUACGGCAUUAAGAUAAAGACUGAGGCUGGCGUUAGCCCAGAGCUCUCCAAAGCUGCCGUUCUCACUAAUGGAGAACCUCGAGCCUUUACUCGGUCAUAUCAAACGUCAGAAGUAGCCUGCCACCAGAUUCCAAAUUCAGCUAUGCGGGCAAAUGGGCGGCGGAGGAGGAACCGAAACCCGAUUCCUACGUUUGAGCUCGAAGCCGUUGUGUCAUGCACCUCGGACGGUCUCGUGGUUGUGCUGAGAAAAGCUCGACCACCAAUCCCUUCUCUCCAUCCGCCUUUACUUCCUAUCGAUUUUGAGAAUGGCCUCUUUGCUGCGCCUUGGAGCGAGCAACCCAUUCGGCCUUAUUACCCUCCAGAGCAUUUCUACACGUUCCGGCCACCCCUUUUGCCACAAUACAUGCCUCUACGGGAACAUGUAAAGGCAGCGGGAGGGCCGCCAGUUGAACAGCUUAUGAGGUCGAUCCGAGACGUGGCCGUAUUUGCAUGGGCGCUUGUAGGCAUCAACGGGAAUUAUGCAGCGUACGGCCGCGGAGUACCAAGGGAGAGCUCGCAACCCCACGACGAAUUACCAACGUCGGAUUCCAAAGCACCAAUGCCGUCGCGUAUUGGUUUUGAAUCGCAACCAUCCCAACAUUGGGGAGGUCGUUCUCCGCCUGAAGGUCGUCUGAUCGAAUCAAAUAUGCCCUCGGAUGGAGGUUACGUGUCUGGCUUUAAUGCCGAGGUAUCACAGGGAGGUUACGGUCCUACUUCAACAGAGUAUAACGAUAGGAGUCCUGGUUACUCAAGUCUACCGGCGUGGCCGCGCUCAAGGCCGUACACGCCUGGGAUUGAAUCCUGGCACCCAUAUCCUCAAACACAACAGCCACCUCAACCUCCAUCAUCUGGAUUCAAUCAGCACUCGGCAGAACCGUGGGCAGAAGCGUCGGCCUCGUAUUCUAGACAGCAUGCGAAUAAUCAGGCAAUACACACAACGCAGACACACGGAUUUAGAGAUGACCCACGAGAUUACAGAAACAUGUGGUCAUAGGGUUCAAGGACCCAGAGUAUUUAUUUUGA